AUGGGCAAGACGAGAGGCGUCCACGAGACGACUCCCGAAUUGAGGAAUCGGAUGGUGGGAAUGUACGAGGCCGGUCUGGGCCUAAGAGAAAUUGCCGCCGCGGUUAAUUGCUCGCAACGUACGGUGAAGAGAUGGCUGAAUAGAUUCGACAAGGAGGGCACGGUGGAGACGCGGGAUCGUUGCGGACGCAAAAGGGCCACCACUCGAGAGCAGGACGAAGCGAUCAUUCGUCUGGCCUCUGAAACGCCCAUAACGGCGGCGAAGGCAGUGCUUCCUGCGCUGGGACUCACCUGCUCCGUGGAUACCGUGAGAGAAAGGCUGCACAAGGCUGGAAUUCACAACUGGAGCCCCUCGCGCAAAUACAUGCAAAGGAUUCCGUUGGGUGAUGCGGACGGUGCGGCAAUUCAGCAGGCGGUAUGGCGGCCGACCGGCACCCAGUUGGGCAAGAAGAAAACUUCCAAGGACUCGAGCAGGCCUGAGAGACCUAGUGCCACGGUUAAAAAGAAGACACCUUCGAAAAAGGUCAGAUCUCGAAAGGCAUACUCCGGCGAUGGCGCACCGUCGGAAAGUCUGAAGCAAAACCAGAACACCGAGCAGCAGCAACAGCAGCAGCAACAACAACAGCAACAGCAGCAGCAGCAGCAACAAGGAUUCGUGUUUCCUCAGCAAAAUCUUCCUCCACUGCCUUCCGCUCCUCAAGUCACCGAGAUGCAACCCUCCACGCAGCCUGUAUCCACGAGUCAGACGGAGUUCGGCAACGCGUUGAGCUUGGUGCAACAACCGCAACCCAUCUAUCAGCAUCCGGGAUUGAGCAUGGUACAAAAUUGGCCGUUAGAUCUGGUGCAAGGCAGUCACCAUUAUCCACAGGGACAACCAAAUCCUAUGCCUCACGAGUCGCAGACGCAACUGCAAGAACUGCACACGCAGCAGGAACAGCAGCAGCAGCAGCAGCAGCAUCACGCGCAACAGGCCCAGCAGCACAUGCAGGCACAAGUGCAAGCGCGAUUGCAGGAUCAGCCGCAUCAGCAGAAUACUCACAAUCAGUCUCACCAUCACAAUCUCGAUCAGCAGCGAUUGUCGGUAGUAGAGCACCAGAUUCAGCAGCAACAUCAGCGUUUGCAGUCUGGCAUACCUAGUCCCGAGCAGACGAUCGUGAUUGUAGGCUCGGAUAGUUCGAACACUUGUAGCUCGAACGAGAAUAGCCAGUCGUCCUGCGAACCCCAACAGAGUGGUAGGGAAUCGUCGCGGAAAAGCCGUGAGAAAUCGGAGACGGUACGGCAGAAGAGAGCGAAGAAAGGCGGCAAAGCGAAGGGAACGUUGGAGACUAGCGUGGAGCUCAGGAACCGCAUGAUCGGAAUGUCCGAGGCCGGGCUGUCCACUCUGUCCAUCGCGCUGGCGAUCGAUAGAUCGGAACGUACUGUUAAAAGAUGGUUAGAACGUUGGCAUAAGGAAGGCAAUGUGCAAACGAAGGAACGAAAGGGUCGACGUCGAAUCACAACCAAGGAGCAGGACGAGGCCAUCGUCGCGAUGGCUACUCAGCAUCCUCUCACCGCCGCUAAAUAUGUAGCACCUGCGCUAGGUCUUAAGUGCAGUGUGGAUACAAUUAGAGAGAGGCUACACAAGGCUGGGAUACACAGUUGGAAGUUGGGCAAAAAGCAAGGCGAAGGCAAUGCAGUGCACACAGUCCACUUGUGGCAGCCGAGCGGCAAUCGCCCCAACAAGCCGAAAAUGCCGAUCGAAAAGAAGAAGAAAAGUAGUGAUAAGAAACGUAGUCAGAUAAUGAACAACAGUCAGAAACGCGUCGCGCGGAAAAAAAAGAGCAACGAACCGCCGCCACCACCAAAAACGACUCCGCCUCCGGCAAACAUAAUACCGCAACAGUCUGCAUUACCGUUCCAUAAUCCCGAGAACAUGGCAAAUUACGUUCCAGGUCCUAACAUAAUGGUGCACAUUCCCGCGCCGCCUUCUACCCUACCGCAAUCACAACUACCUCCGCCACCACUGGCACCGCAACCUAUGCAACCGAUGGGCCCGAUAAUGCAACAGAGACCGGACUGCAGAUUGGCACCGAUAGUUCCGCCCGUAUCGAGCUCGAGUAAUUCCGGCGUCGCCUAUCCGUCGUGCAUGGUCGGCGGCAGUAGUCACGCGAGUCACAUGGAGCAAACGGACCCUCUAAAUUACGAGCCGUACAUUUGGAGUUUUUAAAUACACCAGUAUAUAAUUUGAACCGCGUAAGUAGGACUGAAAAUAGAAAGGUUCAAGUUACGUUUGAACUUUGCCAUUUGUUAGAGCUCCGUAAAAUUAGGUUUGUACGAAAGACUCUGCAAUUGUGAAAGCUUUUGAGAGUCGAUGAUGCAAAGAUUCUGUCAAUACGAUUAAGAUAAGUAUUUUAACGGUUGCGACUUUUUGUGUACGAUUUAACUUAACAUAAAUUGCAAUAUUAGACGAUACGUCUGCACAUGUGCGUGCAUGACUGCAUGUGCAAGAAGAAAGCUCGGUGAUUUUAUUGUUAUAUAUCUGAGAAACGUUAUUAACUUUAUUAUUAUUAACUUUAAAGAGAGACUUUUACGGUGACAUACAGCGUUUAGACCAAUUUAAAUCAACAUGAAAACUAUAGUAUGUAAAUAUGAAAUCGUAUAGAGUAGAGCAAAGAUGUGCGUUACGUUUAUUUUGCUAUAUAUUGUCUCUUUAAAUAAUGUGCAGUAAUUAGAAAUUAUUGUAUAUUAAAAAUUGACUUUUAUACAACACGAUCAAACUUCAUUAAAUUAAGGUUUAGCAUUUAUGUUGUAAAUAUUUUUAAUGGCUGAAAGAAAAGAUCUGAAUAUCAAAUGAUUUCGGUAAAAGGCAAAUAUCUGCUGAUUCGGCAUAUAAACUACUUAUUAAUUAGCUGUGUAGCAUAGAAAAUCCAAGAAACUUCUUAACGAAUCCAGUGAUAGAUCUAUUUUCGAUAUAUAACUCCCCUAUUCGAUUAUUUCUUUGUAAGAGUUUUAUAUAUAUACAUCCAUAGAUGAUUUUAGAUAGUGUAUAUUCUAUAUAUUUAAUUAAUACGUAUGAAUCUGCUUUAAAACUACAGUACAAAUUGGAUUGUUCCAAUUAGAAAAGUGUGUAGCGAAUCAAUUUCAAACAGGCUGCCAAGAUACAUCCGAUGUGUAAACUAUCUUUUUUUCUAUCAUAUUUAUACGUGCACACAAGUUCUUUUAAAGUUUAACGUAGUCGUUACAGUAUCACAAGACUAUGUCACUGUUUCAUAUAUAAUGUUUAAUGUUGCCGUUACAUUAUCACAAGAUUAUGUCACUGUUUCAUGUAUACCAAUUUUUUAAAUGCAGCAUCCGACUAAAGAUCAGUGUCCAUAUUACACAAUUUUAGAUAUUAGAGUAAAUAGAUUUUACAUAUUACAAAAUUUCCUGUUCUAAAAGUUAUUUUUUUUUUUUUAACAAAGCAGUAUUCAUAUAGUUCGUCCGCAUACAAUUACCGGUGGUACAAAUGCAAAGUAGUGCACUAGUAAAAAUGUGAGAGAUAUUGUAGGUAAAUUUCGUCUAAUAUUUCAAAUGCCCAUUCAUUCAUGCAUUAAUAUUGAAUGGUAUAAAAGUAUUAUGUACGUCAUAUCAUUAUGAGUGAGAAUGUGUCUCGUUGUAUUUUGCAAUACGUGACAUUGUACGUCAGCGAUAUAUCGUAUCACGUAUUGUAUAUAUCACACGAUUAAUAGAAAUAUUUUCAACUACAUCCAUUGAGAUCUCCGCCUCGUUUUGUAUUUGUUUUAUAAGGGAAAAUAAAAAUGAUUACUAGACUCA